AUGACAAGAUUAAGGCAGAUGCCGGCUAUUAACUUUGAUUUAAUUACUCUAAAAUCCAAUAAAGACGAUAAUGUCAUAAAAAAUGUAUGGAAUCACAACCUUCAUGAUGAAUUUCAUGUAAUUAGACAGGUGGUUCAGAAGUACCAAUGGGUAGCAAUGGAUACUGAAUUUCCUGGUGUUGUAGCAAGACCAAUAGGAGAAUUUAGAUCCACUGCUGACUAUCAAUACCAACUUCUGAGGUGUAAUGUGGACCUACUUAGAAUAAUACAAUUAGGUCUCACAUUUAUGGAUGAAAAUGGAAAAACUCCUCCAGGUUGCACUACAUGGCAAUUUAAUUUUAAAUUCAAUUUACAAUCUAUUGUUAACAGGGAAGAUAUGUAUGCACAGGAUUCAAUUGAUUUGCUUCAAAACUCAGGACUACAAUUUAGAGAGCAUGAGGAACAUGGUAUUGAGCCAAUUGAAUUUGCUGAACUUCUUAUGUCCUCAGGCAUUGUUUUAAUGGACAACAUUAAUUGGUUAAGCUUUCAUUCUGGCUAUGAUUUUGGAUAUCUACUUAAACUUUUAACUGAUCAAAAUUUGCCUCAAGAAGAAAAUGACUUUUUCGAAAGUUUGAGGCUAUAUUUUCCAACUGUAUAUGAUGUUAAAUAUCUAAUGAAAUUGUGUAAGAAUCUCAAAGGUGGACUGCAAGAAGUAGCUGACCAAUUAGAACUUAGAAGAGUCGGUCCACAGCAUCAAGCUGGCUCCGAUUCACAUUUAACUGGUAUGGCUUUCUUCAAAAUAAAGGAAAUUUUUUUUGAUGGUAAUAUCGAAAGUACCAGCGGUCACCUCUACGGCUUGGGAGCUCCGUGCUCUCCGAAUGCAAAUACUAUGCAAGAAUGUAUUGAAAAUGGCAAUUCUCCA